UCAUGUAAGAUCAUGAAAAGCUGAUUACGAAAGAAGAACAAGUAAAACCAUGAUAUGAAAUGCUGUUGAGCUCAUGUGCAUAAACACGGCUUGAGAAGUUCAGUACUAAUUCCCCAUUGUUUGCUAAAGGUAGAUUAUUUGAAACCCAAUGCAUUAUUUUUCUUUAUAUCAGUGAAAUUGGGGUUGCUUCUAAGGGUCUGCAUUGCUUUGAAGGGAUCUGCAAUUAUCAAAUGAAAUAUAGGGCAUUUUAAAACAGCUGCUGCUGUAGAUUUACUUUUAAUUAAUAAGCACUGUAGCUUUAAAAACAAAAUACAUGCAUGCUAUUUUAAACAAGCAACAUAGACACAGCGUAUUUACAUAGGUCUGGUAGGCAUGCAUACAGUAUUUUCCAAUACAUUUUAACAUGCACCGUGUUCUAUAUAUACACCAGCUCUAGAGUUGACUCAACUUGGCUGCAAUCUCUUCUCCGCUGUCACUUUGGGAUUCUGACAUGCGCAUUGCGCUCCUCCUGUGUAGUUGAAGAGUGAAGCACAGCAGACUUGGACUGCAAUGGAACCGAGGUUUUUGCCCUCAUCGUAAUUAACCUAACAAAAUGGCAACAAGAAAAGGAGUAAAUUUGCCGUUAAUAGAAGCGUGAAGUUCCACUUAUGGGAGUUUAGGGAUAUUUGAAAACAAACAGAGGAAGUGUAUGCAGUGCCCUUUUGUUGUGGAGUGGAACUUUGUUCAGAAAAAAUAACUCUUGGGACAGGGAGAGCCAGCCAUGGAAGAUUUUGGAUCCGCUCUGGAGAAGAACGCCGCGGAGCUCACAGUAAUGGAUGUGUAUGACAUCGCUGCCGUGGUGGGGCAGGAGUUUGAGCGGAUUAUAGACCAGCACGGCUGCGAGGCGCUGGUCAGGCUGAUGCCCAAAGUAGUGCGGGUGCUGGAGAUUCUGGAGGUCCUGGUGAGCAGAAACAACAUCAACCCUGAAACCGAAGAGCUGCGGCUGGAACUGGACAGGCUGCGCCUGGAGAGGAUGGACCGGAUGGAAAAAGAGAGGAAGCACAAAAAGGAGCUGGAGCUGGUGGAGGACGUGUGGAGAGGGGAAGCCCAGGACCUGCUGACCCAGAUCACACAGCUUCAGGAGGAGAACAAGAACCUCCUCACCAGCCUCUCCCCCAGGGACAACAGCAUGACUGAGGAGGACUUUCACAAGCAUGAAGGGAUGUCCGAGAGGGAGAGGCAGGUGAUGAAGAAGCUGAAGGAAGUCGUGGACAAGCAAAGGGACGAGAUCCGAGCCAAAGACAGAGAGCUGACCCUGAAGAAUGAGGACAUUGAGGCAUUACAGCAGCAGCAGAACCGGCUGAUGAAGAUCAACCACGACCUGCGGCACAAGAUCACGGUGGUGGAGGCGCAGGGCAAGGCGCUCAUCGAGCAGAAAGUGGAGCUGGAGGCGUUCCUACAGACCCACGAGCAGGAGAUGGGCAAGCUGCGGACCGAGAUCGGGAAACUGAGGGAGAAACUGCAGGGCGAGCCCAGCCACAAUGGAGAGAAGCCCAAGAUGGAAUCUAUCAUCGAAGAGGAGUCGGCUGCAGAGAAAAUGGCCUCCGAGUUGAAAGACCCGAACCGCCCACGCUUCACCCUGCAAGAGCUUCGGGAUGUGCUGCACGAGAGGAACGAGCUGAAAGCAAAGGUGUUCCUGUUGCAAGAGGAGCUGGCCUAUUACAAAAGCGAGGAAAUCGAGGAGGAUACAGGCCCCCCCACUCCGACCCCUCCACCAGUCCUGCAGUCCAGACCAGCGACCCAGCCCGAGUCCGGUAUCAAAAGACUGUUUAGUUUCUUCACACGGGAUAAAAAACGCAAUUCACAGAGAAACGUGCGGUUUGAAGACACGUUCAGUGCGUGGGCAGAUAAAGAGGACGUCUACACCGAACAAGGGCAAGAAGCUUUGCAGCAUCUCUGACUGAGUGCAUUCGUUAACCUGGACUAAGAUGAAGCACAGUAUGAAUGCUGCUGGCCAAUACAAAAUGUGGCUUUGAAAAUGAUUUAAAAAAAAAAAGAAACUGUUAAGCUCUAAAGGGAACAGGUCUCAACUCUUCUGGCUACUAUGGAGGAUCCAAUACAGUGUACUGUUGACAACAAAACCAGUACCUCGGUCCAGUUUGUGCUCCCGAAAAAAGAAAAAAAAAAAGAUCCUUUUUUGUUAAUCAUUCAAGUCACAGAAUUUGCUCGGACACAUUUACCCAGCCAGGAUCAGUGGCAGCGGCUAAACCUUUAAAUGUGAUUUAAGAGACGCUAGAAAGUUGCUUGAAGCUGCACACAUAGUAAAAAUGCUUGGUUUAUCUAAGGACUAAAAUGCAUUAAUUUAGUGUUUUGUGGUUGUCCAACGCCCACUGUACACAGUGGAACUAAUUACACUUCACGUGCAGUGAAGUAACCUCGUCCAUAAGAAAAAUUUGGGAAUGAGAAAAGGCCAUUCGGGCUUGCGUGCAAGACAGGCAGACAGCAUGUUUUUGCAACAAAUUAGGGACGUAUCAUUUGAACAGGUUACUGGAAUCGUAGAAUGUUCAGCUAAUGAGCCGAAGUUCUGGAAUCCUGCAAGAACCGAGUCGUGCUCCAGAUGGCACACCCACGGAAUAUAUAACACAAUAUGAUGAAAUUGAUCUGAAUCACCAAACAUGCAUUUGCCACAAGACUGUAAACAGGUACCAACACAAGACAGACUUCAUGAAGCAAACUUUAGAAAAUGCAAAAGAAAACACAUGCACACAUGUUUCUGCACUCAAGAAACAAAAUAGUUUUUAAUUCAAUUUGAACACAACAAAAAAUAAACCCAGAAGGGUAAAAGGUAAUGACUAGUCUUGUAGAAAAAUAGUUUGUGGAAUAAAGCAAGUGGAGGAGAUUAUACCCUCAGAUUGAAGUGUAGGUGCGAGAGACCUGUGCUAAUGGUUGGGUUCACAUAGAAAGCGACAGUAACAAAAGAGUGACAAUUGCUGUAAAGUGUGGCACAAAACGAUGCAUAGAUGAGAGAGAAUGAGGUGAGAGUUUCAGAACAGCAACAAAGAGAAAGGCGGUGGUGCAUGUGAGGCAAAGGCAGACGUGUUAAUGAAGUUUACAUUGUUAAAAAAAAAACUAAUGAAAUCAGAAACCUUUACUUAACCAGAUUUACAAGAGCAAUUUGGCCAAGCGGCACAUAGUACUUGAAAUGGUACAAAAAGACCCAAAGUUUCAGCCUGUUUUGCAUUUGGGGUACUUCAUUAAAACUGUAGUUAAUGGUAGACUCCUGAGUUCACCUGGACACUCUGAAUCAUCAGCAUCCCCUCAUUCACUAGCACUUUGCAGAAAUAAUGUCUGCAAAAGUUACUUUGCUAUUCCGAGAAAUUAUCCUACUGAUACUGCAUUUAAGAAAGGUGUUAUGAAAUGAUCCCUUGGGCUUGGAGAACACCAUAAAACAAUAUUAUGAAAAAAAACUAAAAAUACUAUUCACUUGGUCUUAUAAGACCUGGCUAAUUGUUUUGCUUUCUAUUUUUUAUAAAUUGUAUUAAAUAUGAUUACUCUCAGUGUGUAUAUGUUGGCAUAGUCCUACAGAGAGGGAUAACACAGUGUUUUUGUUAUUGCUUUACUGCAAAACUGAAUUAGGUUUAAGCACUUCCCUUACAGCCUGUUCACCUGUGCUGUGUAUCCAAGCUAAUCUUAAUGAGCCCUGUUCUGUAGCGCAGAGGAGCUGAACCUGUCUUCAGCACGUGUUCUGUUCGACCCAGGAAAUGCAUAAGGAGUUAAAAAUGCCUGGAUUGUGUUAAAUAAAGGGAUAACAGUCAUUUCAAUUCUAGGUUUUUAAAAAAGGUUGUCAAUAACAUGAAAUAGGGAAAAAAGAUUGCGUUUUGCCCUGCUUUUCAGCCUCAAGGAGUACAACAUCGUACAGCUGUAAUCUUGUUAAUGCCUGCCAUCCCAUAAAUCCUAAAAAAAAAAAAAAAAAAAAAACUUCAUGGCAGUUUAUUAAAUUACCACUUUACUGUAAAUGCAGUAGCUUUUCAUCUUUGAGGUGUUUUUGUAUUGUAGAUAUUAGUUAUUUCCAAAUCAGUACUGCAGUAUUGACUCAAGAUACGCCUGCUUAAUAAAAUACUUACAAUCCUUUCAA